GCAUGUCGUUGCGGAGCCAACCUAUAUAAACCCCACACAAAUACGCCAAUAACCAAAAAUUCGGAUGGAGCGGCGGUGCCACUACGAGGUGCUCGGCGUCGACCGCGGCUGCACCGCCGACGAGAUCAAGUCGGCGUACCGGAAACUCGCCCUGCAGCGCCACCCCGACAAGCUCAUCCCCACCGGCGUCUCCCAGGCCGACGCCAACGCCCAGUUCCAGGAGCUCGGCCACGCCUACGAGGUCCUCUCCGACCCGAAGGAGCGAGCCUGGUACGACUCCCACCGCUCCCAGAUCCUCUUCGCCGAUCCCUCCGCCGCCAACUCCGUCCCCGACUCCGUCAUCCCCAACCUCUUCAGCUUCUUCUCCACCACCGUCUUCUCCGGCUACUCCGACUCCGGCAAGGGCUUCUACAAGGUCUACGCCGACGUCUUCAAUAAAAUCUACUCGAACGAGCUGAGUUUCGCGAGGAAGUUAGGGUUAGGGAUUGACGCGGUGAGGGAGGCUCCGGCGUUGGGGAAUUUGAAGAGCGAUUAUGCUCAGGUGACGGCGUUUUAUGGCUACUGGCUAGGUUUUUGUACGGUGAUGGAUUUCUGCUGGGUGGAUCAGUAUGACGUCAUGGCGGGGCCGAAUCGGAAGGUGAGGAGGUUGAUGGAGGAGGAUAAUAAGAAGCAGAGGAAGAAGGCUAAGAGAGAGUAUAAUGACACUGUGCGGGGGUUGGCGGAGUUUGUGAAGAAGAGGGAUAAGAGGGUGAUGGAUAUGAUGGUGAAGAGGGAGGAGGAGAGGGAGAGGAAGAAGAAGGAGGAGAGGGAGAGAAAGAAGAAGAUGGACAAGGAGAAACUGGAGAGGGCUAUGGCGUAUGAGGAGCCGGAGUGGGCGAAAGCGGUCGAGGAGGAAGAGGAAGGGGAUGACGAGGAGGAGGAGGAGGAGAGGAAGAGGAAUGAGUUGUAUUGUGUGGUGUGUGGGAAGAAGUUUAAGAGUGAGAAGCAGUGGAAGAAUCAUGAGCAGUCAAAGAAGCAUAAGGAUAAGAUUGCGGAGUUCAGGGAGUCGAUUGGGGAUGAGGAGCUUGAUGAAGAGGAAGUGGAUGAUUUAGGUGACCAAAUGAGGGAGGGUUUGGAGAUUGGGGAGGAGGAUGAUGGGGCUGGAGUGAGUGCCGGCGACGAUGAGUUUUAUGAUUUUGGUGAUGAAAUUCUGACGGAAAAGCUUGAUGAUGAUGAUGAGGAUGAUAAUGGUGGUGGUGAUGAUGAUGAUGAAAUGGAACUUCUUCAAGCAAUGGCGGCCAGGCACAAGAGUAGGGAAAAGCUUGAUGCUGAUGCUGAUGCUGAUGAUGAUGACGGUGAAAUGGAACUUGAUGAUGAAAUGGAACUUCUUCAAGCAAUGGCGGCCAGGCACAAGAGUAGGGAAAAGCUUUAUGGUGAUGGUGAUGAUGACGGUGAAAUGGAACUUCUAAAAGCAAUGGCAGCCAGGCAGAAGAGUAGGGAAAAUGUUGGUGAAGCAGUUGGAGUUGAUGAUGGUGAUAGUGGGAGCGAGGAUGAAAUGGAUAUUCUUGAAGCAUUGGUGGCAGGGCGAAAGAGUAGGAAAAAUGCAGCUUCAAGGGUUGAGGUUGAGGAUCCCUUGGUGACCGGUGUUCAUGUGGAUAAUGAUAGCAAUGGUGUAGAGUCCGUUCCUAUGGAAUAUGAGAAUCGGAAGCCCACCAGAAGGAAAGGGAAGAGCAAGAAGAGUGGUGGAGAAACUAAAAGGGUCGAUAUGAAUGAAAUUAGUAAUGGUCAAAGUGAGGCAGCUAGUGAAAAUGAUAAUUCAGAUGUAAAGGAAUCCACAUCUGAUUCUAUGGUGGAAAUGGCGAGUACUAACGAAAAACAGGAUGAUCAAAUAGCCAGAAAAAAGAAAUCUUCAAAACAAACUGUUGAGAAGAAGAAAGAGAAUGUGAAGAAAGAGGCCAACGGCAAAUCAAAGAGCUCCUCCAAAGGGAAGAAAGCUAAGGCAACGUCAAAGAAUUCUAGCAAUGCAUGUGAGGCAUGUGGAGAGGAGUUUGGAUCAAGGAAUCAAUUACAUAAGCAUUUAGGUGACACUGGACAUGCUUCACUGAAGAGGUGAAGAACCAAUUACGGAAACUUGCUGAAUAUUGGAUUGAUGUGAGUAAACUGUGAACCAUAGAAGAGGGUUGUAGACAUUGAUAGGCAGCAAUUCUUUAUUAUGAGCAUUCCUUCAUUUGGAAAAGUUGCAGAAGUAGAAAAGGGUCUGCAGGAAGCAACCCAUUCUUUUUGAUAACCUGAGUGCAUGCUACAGAUACGCAAGGGGCAUGUUGGCAAAGCAGUCGGCCAGUUUGGUCUGGUUCAUAUGAUUUGUUAAAUCCCUCUUCAGUCUUCACAAAAGGAGUAACCAAAGAAGAAUGAAAUGAUAAUUAUAGUCAAUUUGCCUUGUAUGCUGAUAAAAAUUUUGAUACAUUUUUAUAUAAUCCUUUAUUAGAAGGUAUCCCUUCUUUUUGUUUGAAAUUUGCAAUC